GUUCAGUUUUCUAUUGUCUAUGGAUUUUUAUUUGUUGAUCAAUAAUGUAAAAAGGAUGCCGUUUACUAAAAUCAAACUUUAAAAUACGUACAAAAUGAUUUAAAUCGAAUAAUGGGCAUUUUAAUAGGAUAGUCCUUGAAAUGUCUAUACAAAAUAUGCUUAAAGUUUCAAGUGAUUAAUGUGAGUCGUGAGUUAAGAAAUUAUGAAGUUUUCGUUUCAACAUCGAGCAUUUUACUGCUACCUCGGCAUGAGUGUAUGGAUUUGUUUUCUUAUUACUGUUGUAUAUAAGUACAUGUCAGUUGAGGAAGACACAGUGGCGUUGAAAGUGAUCCAACAUGAGUACAUCUCCAAAGCUGACUUGGAUUAUAGAAAGCUGUUUCUACGUAUAUGUAACCCACCAGAUAGCAUUGUCCGAGGAUCAGAAGCUGCAGUAGAUGCAGACACUUGGUUGCUGCAAGGGGUCAUUGUGGUAACAAGGCACGGUGACCGCGGACCCCUCACGCAUCUAAGAGGCGGCGACAAGCUACCUUGCGACACUGUUCCCGUGUCACCCCUGCUUAAAAGUUAUGAAGAAUUUGUGUUGAACGCGAGCGCAUCAGGGCGUGCAUGGUGGGUGACUGCUCCGGGGCCGUUUCACAACUUCCCGUCGCUGCCGCGCGCUGCAGCAACACACUGCGCUCUGGGACAGCUUACCCCCUCUGGGGUCCUGCAAAUGAUCACUGUGGGGAACAUUCUACGCGAAGCUUAUGGUGACAAGUUGGGCACGGAACAUAUGGAUCUAACUGGGAAACGGGAAAUGGGGGGUGUAGCAUACAGCACCCGGUACCGGCGCACGUUCCAGUCGCUGCAGGCGCUCGCGUGGGGCAGCACGCGCUCCGCCGCCGCCGCCAAGGAGGCGCACAGUGUGGCCUUCUGCUUCCGACACUGCGCCUGCCAGGCGCAACACGCGCUCGCCAGAAAAAUCAGUUUACACGCAAGACUCCGUUUAGAAUCUCAUCCGGCGUUUAAGGAAUUGAUAAAGAAGCUAUCCAAAGUAUUAUUCGAAUCUCAAGAGCACACCGAUGCUGACGUAGUCAGAGACGCGCUUCUAGCUUACAUGUGCCACGACGUUCCUUUACCCUGCACCCAAAAUCCUAAUAGAACCCAAAAAAAGCUUUCCCUAAACAAAGGGAAGAGGAAACUCCACUCCCAAUCUGUUCCUGGAAGGAGUUUAUUAGAUGCGGACAUUGACAAUUUGAACAUGGAAUUGGAUUAUAUCAACCAACUGGAUUUUAAUAACGAAAUAGGUCGAAAAGCCAGAGAUAUUAUAGGGAAAUAUGACAAAAAGCCUCCUUUAGAUUUUGACGCGCAAAUGGAGAGGGAAAAGCUUCUGUAUUACCAACAGAGGUACAUGGACAAUAUGGCGUAUGAUGACGUCGUUAUUGUAAAAAAGAAUCUAGACGCAGACUUCAACUUUCCAAACGAUGCCAGAAUGGACACAGACUUCGACGAAGACUAUAAAGAGCCAACUCCUGAGAACUCUGAAGAGUUUUGCAUAAAAAAAGAUCACAUUUUGACUCUGUUCCCAUAUUUAGAAUGGAGUUACGAGCAAGAGAUAAAUAAUGUCUACAAUAGAAGACGUGGAUUGCUAGUCGCUUACGGCUUAAUACAUAAUAUAGUUCAAAACAUGAUACGUAUCAUAUCAGAGAAUAAACCUAAAUUAGUCCUCUAUUCAGGGCACGAUAAAACUCUGCAAGCGUUAAUUUUAGCUCUAGGUCUAAACAGUUAUCACCAUUACAACAUACAGUAUGCUUCUAGAAUGAUCUUUGAGGUUUACAGGAAAAGGGAUUUGAGGGAUGAGUUUAAAUUCACAAAACGAAGGGCAGUUGCCCAGGAUUUCUAUUUCAGGGUCGUUUACAAUGGCGAAGAUGUCACAAAUAAACUCAGUUUUUGUAGAAAUAAGCAGAAUGUUGUAAUGAAAGUUUUAGAUCCCAUAGAUGAUAUGAAGACUUAUAAUACAUAUCUGUGUCCUAUAGAGAAUAUAGUUAGAUUUAUACAUGAUGAUUAUUUUGCGGGUUUUAAUGUUAGCAACUUUAAAGAUGCGUGCGCAACCAGUUAUGGCGGUGAGCCGAUGUUUUAGACCAGGGGUCGGCAACCUUUUGUAACGGAAGUUUUGCAGCUUGUAAAAUAUUCCAAUUUUUACAGAUCUUCAAAAAUUUACAAUGCUAUAUUAUAUUUAGUUUCCAAAUUAUUUACUUUUAUUAAAAAUAGUCACCUUAAAUUCGUAAUAAAAUAAUAUGUAUUCGUGUUAGCGUUGCAAAUGCUGUUACAUUUUUUUUUUAUUUAUAUCUGAAGAUAAAGUUUGAAAACGGAGAGUUACAGAAAAUUAGAUAUCCGAGCGAGUACCAUACGUUUUUGUUGAUUGGACUUUUGUUAAAAGAUUCGAUGAUAAAAUAAUUACAUUUUGUAGUACUUCAAAGCCGUUAUUUUGUACAGAAAGAGUUGUAGGUUGCUAACCCCUGAUUUUUUGACCCAAUAUUUUUUUAUUAAUUUGAUAUAAAUAUAAUACAGCUGUUGUAUGUUUAGUGUAGAAUAUUUUGAAACAUUUUUGAAGUUGUCUAUUUAUUUAUAAACCGCAUAAUCAUGCGUUGGCUAUCUAGCUAGGGUUUUGGAAUUUAGGUUUUCUAUGUGAAAUUUCUAUAUUACAAAUUAAUUUUUUAUACUCAGUUAUGCAAUAUGUCCAUGGGUUUCGGU